AUGACUAAUGCUGGUCAAGGGAAAGAGCAACAUACGCCAAAUAAUCGAACCCAAAAUCCGUUGGGAUGUGGUUUGUCCCCAGAUAUCACACCAUUCAGUAACAUCAGUAAUGCAAAUCAUUUCGGUUGCUCCUCUUUUACGAAUAAUGCUGCUCAAGAUCAAGACCAACGGACGACAGCUACUCCUUACACUAAUCCCCAGCGAGGAUGUUUGUCUGAAAAUAUCACACCAUUGAGUAACAUCACUACCGUACGGCAGUGCAAUACACAAAUAGGUCCAAGCAAUUGCCAGAAAUUUUUUAUUGUAGAUAAACAAAAUCCGGGUUCGACGAUAACACAAGAUGAAUUGGCAAUUCGUAAACCAUUAGAUAAAUAUGCAAUUGUCGAAGACCAUGUAACAACCAGAGACUUGUUACCUGCCUUUGAAGAUGAAAGUAACAAUACAAUGAGCGAUGUCCCAAAUCAGAACAUAGAUGAUGCAAAUAUAUCGGGUAACGCUGUUAGGCAGACCUCGGAAAUUGGGACAUCCUCUGGUCCACAACAUGGUCAAUACUGCGAUUUUGGUGAUGCAACGAAUCAGUGCGUCCAUUGUGGGGCUCUGUUUUGGUUUGAAGAAAGGAAGAAGAAUUUGUCAACAAAAGCAUCGCCACUGUUUAUGUUGUGUUGCAACAAUGGGAAGAUCAAAUUGCCGGAUAAUAAGUUGCCACCAAAAGGUAUAUUUGAUCUCUUUUUCGGCAAUGACGAAAUAUCAAAAGAGUUUUUACACAACAUUAGGACCUACAACAACAUGUUCUGCUUCACAUCAAUGGGUGGAAAAAUUGACAAGAACAGCAAGGCAAAGAACCUCAUUUUGGCCCAGUUAUACAUAUACGACACGGCAAAUGAAAGGAACAACCGUAUAAAUGCUGUGAGGGGUAGUGGUGACCAAGAUGACAUUCAUGUAGAAAUAGUGAAUGUCAUUCAGAAAGACCUGGAUGAAAAUAAUGUCUUGGUUAAGUCUUUUCGCAUGGCUAUGUCUGAGUUGGAUAUUAAUCCAUGCGCCGAAGUAAAAAUAAAGUUGUUGGGAAAACGAACUAGAGAUGCGAGGACAUAUAAUCUGCCUCAAGUUUCUGAAGUAGCAGCUUUAAUUGUUGGAGAUCUGGAUACAAGUAUUGGAGAGCGUGAUAUUAUUGUUCAAUCGAAGGGUGGCCACCUACAGAGGAUUACUGAAUUAAAUCCUUCAUACUUACCACUGCAAUACCCUAUUUUGUUUCCAUAUGGCGAAGAUGGUUAUCGGGAGGACAUUGCAUUCGCCGACGUAGUAGGCAGGCGCUCUUCUGGUGGUAGACAGAGGAUUAGCCCCAGGGAGUUUUUUUGCUACCGCAUACAAUCUAGACAGUCAGCUCCGAGUACCAUAUUAUUUGCCAAACGGUUGUUCCAACAGUUCGUUGUAGAUGGCUACACAAUGGUUGAGUCUGGAAGACUAAUUUAUAUAAGGACACACCAAAAAAGCCUAAGGUGUGAGAGUUAUAGUGGAUUGACUGAUGCUUUGACGAGGGGUGAAAUAAGUCCUGCAGCCCAAGGUCGUAGAAUAAUACUACCUUCGAGUUUUACGGGUGGUGCUAGAUACAUGAUACAAAACUACCAAGAUGCAAUGGCAAUAUGUAGAUGGAUUGGAUACCCAGAUUUAUUUAUAACUUUUACAUGCAAUCCGAGGCCUGAGGUGCAACGCUUUUUAAAAGAUCAAAGGUUGAAGCCAGAAGACCGGCCGGACAUAAUUUGCCGCUUAUUCAAGAUUAAGUUGGAUGCUUUGAUAGCUGACUGUCGAAAGAAUCAACUAUUUGGCCCUGUGGCUGGAGAGAUUCCGGAUGAAAAGAAAGAUGCUAAGUAUUACCAAGCGGUAGAGGAAUUUAUGAUGCAUGGUCCAUGUGGAAAAGCGAGGACAAAUUCUCCAUGCAUGGUAAAUGCGCGAUGCUCUAAACAUUUUCCUAAGAGAUUUGUUGAUAGUUCUACGUUUGAUGACAAUGGUUACCCGGUAUAUAGAAGGAGAGACAAUGGCAGUGUAGUUACAAAGAACGGUAUCGCCUUGGACAACAGGUAUGUGGUACCGCACAAUAGAUAUUUAUUGCUCAAGUACAAGGCUCAUAUAAAUGUCGAGUGGUGCAACCAAUCAAGGUCAAUCAAGUACCUGUUCAAGUAUGUUAACAAGGGUCAUGAUCGAGUAACAGCCGAAUUUUACAAAACAGGCAAUGAUGACGAGAAUGGCAAAGCAGUAGAUGAGAUAAAUAUGUACUAUGACUGUAGGUACAUAUCCCCGUGUGAAGCGGUCUGGCAUCUGUUUGGUUUUGAUAUACAACUUCGUGCACCUUCGGUAGAGAGGUUAAGCUUUCACCUACCUAAUCAACAGAGUGUGAUAUUUGCAGAUGAUGAUGCGGUUGAGAACAUUGUGAAUAGACCUACGAUAGCACAGAGCAUGUUUUUAGAAUGGUUUGAAGCUAAUAAAACAUACCCCGGUGCCAGAGAGCUUACUUAUGUUGAGAUGCCAACAAGAUUCGUUUGGAAGAAAGACCUUAGAAAAUGGCAGCCACGAAAGAAAGGGUUCUCCAUAGGACGUAUAUUCUAUGUUCCGCCAGCUACUGGUGAAAUCUUCUAUUUGAGGUGUUUGCUCAACAAAGUCCGCGGCCCUAAAAGUUACGAAGAUAUUAGGACUGUAAAUGGAGUACAAUAUGACUCAUUCUGA